AUGUUCCACACCUUUGAGGGUUUCGAGAACCCCGGUGCUUCGGCCCAGACGAAGCCUCGGGGAGAGCGCCAGCCAUCUGUUAGCCGGAGAGUCACUACCCUCCGUGCCUGCACGUCAUGUCGGCACCGCAAGAUCAAAUGCGAUGGCGAGAAGCCUUGCGAGGCUUGUCGCUGGUACAAGAAGGCCGAUCAGUGCCAUUAUUCGGAUCCUCGACCAUCUCGGAGGCAUGUGGAAAAACUAUCCACCACGUUGGAUGAAUAUCGAAGCAUUCUGGAGAGACUCUUUCCCAGCACUUCCCCAGAGGUUCUUGUCAGUCUAUCCCGGGAAAAGCUGCUCGAGCUCUCGGGUAAGGGUCCAUCGCAGCAGCAGGCACAUCAUCCUGCUUCUCCAGCUACAUCCUCAUCAGUCGAAGCACACGUGUCGCCCAUUUCCGAAGAAGAUGGCAACCUGGAGUCGCUGCAGACGAUGCCCGAGGAAUCCAACGACAGUCGUAACCGAAGCAGUGACGACAUUACGAACGCUAUCUCAGACGAUGUUAAUGCCCUCUCCCUGUCCGCUCGACAACCCUCCUCCUAUCUAGGCGUAUCAUCGAUCCACGCCGUCCCGAAGGUUAUCGUUUGGCUUGACCCAGGCUCUCUCUCCUACUUUUCCCGAACUCCACCGGUCGCUCCUCGUCGAGAUUCGGUUCGCGACUACCCAGCCGGAUCGGAGGACCAAAACUGGCACAUCCAAUCCUCGCAGCAGCACCCGAUCACACCUCCGCAAACUCAGAUGCAAGUAACUGAAGUGCAGCUACUCGACGCCUACUUCACAUGGUUCCAACCGUUUGUACCCAUGCUGGAUGAACAGGUAUUCCGCGAAACGUACCUCUCAGGGUGCAGGCGAGAUGACCGCUGGCUGGGAUUGUUGAACAUUGUAUUCGCCCUCGGCAGCAUAGCAGCCUGCAGUUCUGAUGACAUGUCUCAUGCACUUUAUUAUCAGCGUGCGAAGAGCUACUUGAACCUGGACUCAUUGGGCUCGUCCCAUCUAGAGACGAUUCAGACUUUAGGCCUGGCUGGAGGCUAUUAUCUACACUACACAAGUCAACCGAACCUGGCUUACUCGCUCAUGGGAGCCGCCCUCCGCAUGGCAGCCGCUCUGGGUUUGCACAAGGAGUUCUCAGACAGCCCUGAUGGCUCCAACAAAGAGAAGAUCCUGGCCAUGGACAUGAAACGCCGGACAUGGUGGUCGCUGUUCUGCAUGGACACAUGGGGCGGUAUGACCCUUGGUCGGCCCAGCAUGGGCCGUCUGGGACCGACCAUUACCGUCAAGCUGCCCAAUCACCGGGAAAGCGGAAACGUCCUGGAUAUUCUCCCCCUCCUCGAAAACGUGCGAUUCUGCAAGAUUGCGACCCAGAUACAAGAAGUACUAGCGGUCGCACCCUUGACGAAGCAUGCCGAAAUGGCCCAUCUCGACAGUCUGCUGUUGGAAUGGUAUGGGAACCUGCCUUCGAUCCUCAAGGACCACGAGCCCUGCUCUGAAUCGAUCAUGAACACGCGGACCGUCAUGCGAUGGCGAUAUUAUAACCAGCGUAUGCUUCUGUACCGGCCGACCCUGUUAAGCUACGCGAUGCGGCGGGUCCCAAACAUUGCUCUGCGAUCGGAAGAGAGAACCGCCAUUGAGCGAUGCAGGGAGAUCGCUGAAGCCACGAUCCAAGAUAUCUCCUCGACGGUCCGGUCACAUCAGAUGUCCGGCUGGAACGCCGUCUGGCUCGUCUUCCAAGCCACCAUGGUCCCACUUCUAGGAUUGUUCCUCAAUGACCCUACGGCCAGUGACCCUCGCGCCUCAUUCCAGUCCUGUCAGUCGCAGGUGGAAACCGCGAUGCUUCUACUGGCGCGGUUGCAGCCCUGGAGUCGGACAGCGAAGCGCACGCUCGAGGCCGUCUCACGCAUUCUCGAGGCCAGUAAGCGAGGAUCCGACAUGGGAGGCGCCCCGAACGGCGUAUCCGGUGGAAACUUGCCCGAUCGCGAAAGCCUCGUGUCAGGGAUGAUGCCAGGAAAUGCCUUAGCUCAGACGGACUCCGGUCGGAGCGUUGGUAUCGCCAACGACGGUUCAAUGAUGGACCCCAUGGCGGCAUUCAUGGACGACUCGGCCGGCCAGCAACUCUGGGACUUCCUCAGCUGGAGCGACUCCACCAUUUGGCCCGGGUUUGCGGAGGCAGACAACGCGAACGAGAUGUCGUUUGCGCAGGACGAGAAGAACGCAAAGUACGGCAGCAACGCACCGGGUUUCUUCGGCAGUCCAAUGACCGACUCGACAUAUUAUAUGAACUCAUCCGUACCAUUUUACUCGCAUGCUCAACCUUGA